UCACAACACAUGUAUAAAACCGAAUGAGUUUGCCUAAAUCCACACAAACAUACAACCAAUCCAAUUUCUUGUCCGUCAAGUGGGACGCAAACAGCCUAUUGUAGGCUAGCUACUGGGACCUUGAGUUAAAGCUCAUGUGCUGUCAGCUUAUAUUUUGAAGUACUGUUGAAGGAUUUUGUGGAACAGUAAAGUAGUAGAUAGCGGAGAGACAUCGGAUACCGUCCCACCGUUUCGAAACAAUCGCGAUGGGCUGGUCUUGGGCUGUUGCCUGCUCGUUAGCAUUCGUGCUGAUCUUCGUGCGCUCGGAGUCUGAAGUAACAGUCUUACAUUCACGUGUCUCAGAGAGUUUCGAGUACCCUGAUAUGCUUCAGCGACCUUCGGAGUUGUGGGAAAUGUGGGAACCCAUAGAGUUUCCUGACAUGCUGCAAAGAGAGGUCCUUCCUAAUCCUGAUCUGAUCCGAGCGCUCAUGGAGAAAGAAGAAUCCAGAGCAGUUGUGGCACAGAUUGAAGUCACCCCCAACCUAGAUUCUGACCGUAAUCCCCAAGGCCAGGCGUUGCGGCCUCGCUCUUUCGGGCCUCGCUCUUUCGGGCCUCCUUCACACGACGAUCCUUUGCUACAGAUUCCAUUCCCUCCAGCCCAGCCGUCUGUCGACAACCUCCAAGCCAUCUGUUUCCAGGACAACCGUCGUCCGCGGUACCCCCCCAGCUCCCUCCCCCAGAGCGGCUUUGGUUACCUGCAUCGGCAAGCGGACGCCAUCAACCGUGUAGAGUCGUGGUACAACGAGUGUUGCCAGGGGAACGAGACCCAGGAGCAGGAAGCGAAGCUGUGCUGUGUCAAACAGGCGUGGGAGGAGAACCUGAAGCAGUACUGUGAGGAGGAGUUCUCCAUCAAGACGAGCCAUUACCCUUGCUGCAAGAAGAAUGGGGAAGAACGUCUCAGCUGUUUCCGUGGCGAUGCCCCAAACCCCAGCUACCAGGAUGUAGAGACACUCUUCCAAACAGAACCUGGGUUCACCUUUGACCCCAACACCUGUCAGAGGUACGCAGAGAAGAAAGAAGCCUCCAGAGUUGUGCCGCAGACAAACAUGACCAUGGACCCAGAAACCGACGGUAACCCCCAAGGUCGUCCGAUGUUGCAUCUUCCACGUUCGCUCGUUCUGUUCCCCCCCGCCCAGCCGUCGGCCCACAACCUCAGGGCCAUCUGUUUCCUAGGAAAUCGUCGCCCUAGAUACCCUGCCCUCUCCUCUACUGGCUUGGGACACUUGGUAGAAGCAGGAAACGCCAUCAACCGCAUGGAGUCGUGGUACAACAAGUGUUGCCAGGGUAACGAGACCCAGGAGCAGGAUGUGACGCUGUGCUGUGUCAGACAGGCGUGGGAAAAGACCCUGAAGCAGUACUGUGAGGAGAAUUCCAUCGUCCAGAGAAAACAGCCCCCCUGCUGCAUGAAGAAGGGUGAAGAACGUCUCAGCUGUUUCCGUGGCGAUGCCCCAAACCCCACCUACCAGGAUGUAGAGACACUCUUCCAAACAGAACCUGUGUUCACCUUUGACCCCAACACCUGUCAGAGGUCUGUGCUGGCCCCCCGCAGCAUCAAGGACAAGAGGGACAGAGAGCUGCUCCGGGCUACAACACAAGCAGCUGACAUCAACUUCCCUCCAGGACGACCCUCCGCCGACAACAUCCAGUCAGUCUGCCGCUUUGGCAAGCUCCGCCCCCUCUACCUGCCCAGGUGCCUCCCAAGCACAGGUUAUGGUUGGCUGGCCCGCCAAUCGAAGGCUGUCAAUCGCCUGGAAAAAGGGUUCAAGCAUUGCUGCAAGGGGAAGAAGGAUGUGCUCCCCUGUGCUGACGGGAAGUGGCGUGAGGUAAUGGACAAGUUCUGUGAGGAAGAGGGCCAGUCCUCUGGUUUCUCCUGUUGUGAGAUGGUUCAGGGAGACGCUCGAUACGGCUGUUUCUCUGGCCGGGCCCCGCACCCAGGCUACGGCAGGGAGCUGCACUCCCCCCAGUCUGCCCUGCAGGAACCCACCCUCGGACACAUCUGUGACACUCACAAGAUCGCCAAGAAGAAGGUUGGGUUUCCUGUGCAGACCCUAGUAAAUCGAUGCUGCACCCUACCUGACAACCAGAGAACUACAUGCGUGCAGGAGAAGCUUGCAACCAUGUCAAAAAGCCUGUGUUCAUCAGCGAAGCCCUCAUCCUCUCACCGCUGCUGCUCCUCUGGGUCCCAAGACCCGCCCUUCAGCUGCUUCUCUGGGCUGAUCAUGGAUGCCGUCACCCAGGCAACUAGGUCCCCACGUCUCAGGAAGAGGAAGUGUCCACUCUCUUGAGUUGGCAGUAGGUCAAUAGGGGACAGGCAUGGCUGGAGUAAGAUGUCAUCCUUAAUAUCCAAUGCAGUCCACCAUGUUAUUCUUGUCUAGUUGGGGUCUUUCCCCUCUAGUGACAUACUUAUAAAGAAGCCAGUAUUACUGUUAGAAGCUAAAUAUUUUAAACAAUGAGAAGGAUUAAGAGAGAUACUGUUUUAAAUAGAUUCCUUUUAACAAAUCCACAUGCUUUUAUAUCUUCCUACGACCUCUUUUGUACACGCAUUCAUGUUUUAAUUUAGUUUAAAUCUGCAUAGGUUUUCUAUAGGGCGGAGCUGCAAAUUCAGUUAGUCUUUUAAACAAGAUUAUCUUCAGCAUUUCCAAUAAAUUUAUAUUUUCAAAUGGU